AAACACUACACCCGUUAGUUAUGCAUCGUAUUUGGGUCCUGUCUUACCUAUCCCUUAUUGGUUUGGUAUUGGUAAAGACCAGUCCGAAUGAAGUUCAUUCAGAAUCGUUUUUGGGAGAUGAAUCCGCUCUAAGGUCCAAGUCAAAUAUAGCUGAGGCUUUGCUGACCAAAACUACAACAACAGCAUCAAAUUUGUUCUUUAAAGUUAUUACAACAACCCGACCACCCGUGACGAUCAGACAGGUUGUAACCAAGUCCAAGAGUAAGGACCGUGUAAAAAUUCGCUACCUCCGCAAACUCCGCACAUAUUACAAACAUCAGUCUAAAAACAAUAAAAAGAGCCGUCGUAGUCCUGCCAAAGCUAAUGGAAAACAAGAGCACAGUCCCCACAAGAGCUUACAUGACAAAGGACUGCAAGGAAAGGCUGUAGCAUUCCCGAAGUCAAAUCAAACGGAUCCUAUAUCAGGCGGCAAACAGAAGUCCAAUGGAACGAUUUUUCUGGAAGCCAAGAGUUUGUCUUUGAAAGAAUUAAGUGAGCAGAACUCACUGGCGAGUAAAUCAUAUGCUGAUUUACCUAGUGCUUCUUAGUCCCUGGCAGUAUAUAUUUAAUGACGUAUGCCCUGAUAAAAAAUAAAGUACU